CAUACAUGAAGAAGAAAGAGCAGCAAAAAUUAAUUUUAUUAUUUUUCAUCAAUUCUAAGACUAGUAGUAAUAUUUUAUAAAAAUUAUGCUUUUAUACGCGUUUCGUAUUGAGAAUGAAUUCAAGUGAUGAGCAGAUCCUACACGAUUUUGCCGUUAUUGAGCAAGUAGUGGAAGGUGACUCAACUACAAAUCUACAAGAGGACGAUAUUCAAUGUGGUUUAAUAUUCUAUAGCGAAACAACGCGUAUAUUAAAAUUCUUUUGCACUUACUGUGAAAAAGUCAGCGAUAAUAUUAAUUACUUUUGUCAACAUUUAAGUGAACACAUUAAUGACGAUGGCAAAGAGAAAGUGCACGAAGAAAACAUUACUGAUACGUUGUCUGAAGAUUCUGGGGACGAUGAAGACCGAAGAAAAUCAACCUCCAACUCUUUAGUUUACGAAGCUACUCGAAAUCAGUCUAUUCUACCCUGUGAUUUAGCUGGUUUUGACGAAACUAAAAUGGUAGUGGAAGAACUGGACGAGGCGGAAGAAAUAGCUGCCGAAGUAGAAGCUGAAAUGCGCCAAGAAUUAGAAACAGAUCAUCUGUUUCCCAAUGAAGAAAAUAGUUGCUCAGAAGAUUUUUUCGGUUAUGUCCAAACAGAUGAUUGCAAAACAGAAAAAUUACUGAAAGAGGUACAAAAAAAAGCCGAAAAAUCCUCAACGGAAUUGAAAAAAAAAUUAGGUACUGAUCAUCAUACGUCUCAAUCAAAGACUUUGAGUAAAAGGAAGAAACGUGUAACUACUGUAAAAGUUAUUGCGUUAAAGAAUCGAGUUGCGGAGCUAUAUGAACGCAUUAAACUCGAAGAAGAACGACGUACUCGUCUCUGCGACAUAAACUCAGAAGCCACAGAUGCAAACGGCGUAACGAAGGUUGAGCAAGAUAGUUUUAUUGGUACGGAAGCUGACAAUUCUUUGCAACACGAAUCAGAACCAGUGCGACAAAUAAUUGGCGAAACUGUCAUAACUCUUCUGCCUCCAACGCAAUCUCAAGUCGAAAUAGCUAAAUUUGCAGGGAAUAUAUCGCCUUUGGUAACUCAAAUGUAUAGACGGGAAAGCCCCGAUGAUAAGACUACAUGUCCUGCAUGCGGCAGAAAAUUUCGGAGUGCCUUCAGUCUUACAAUUCAUAAGAGAACACAUUAUCUGGAGUCCGAUAGCAAUGUUAAGUUGGCGCACAAGUGUUCUGACUGUGACCAACUAUUUAACAAGAUUCCAGAUUUAAAAGAGCAUAUUCAGCAAGUACACUAUCCAGAUGGUUUUAUAUGCAAAAUUUGCAAUAAAAAACUGACUAGUCUUACAUUACUUGAGACCCACAUGAGAAAAGUACACCUUUCAAGACCAUUUAAUUGUGAGAUUUGCCGAAAAAAUUUCGAUACGCGCGAUCGUUUCGAGGAGCAUGUUAAGGCGCAUGUAUCAGGCCAACCGUACCGUUGCCACAUAUGCGGUAGAAAAUACAGUACAGAAUGCAUACUUAAGCAGCAUCUGCAUAGACACAAGGAGCAAAUACCCCAAUGUUGUGUCGUAUGUGGUAAGAUGACAUUACGUAUCACACAACAUAUGAAAAUACAUGCACCGCGACCAAAAAGAGUGCUAAGCUGCAAAGCAUGUGGCAAAGUAUUCAAUUUCAGUUCAGGCUUAAGUCACCAUUAUAAAGUAAUGCACAAGUUAUCAAAACCGGUUUCAAAAUUUAAGCGAGAGCACUCUGGGGAAAAGUCAACAAAUGCUGAACAAGUUAAAAUAGAACUAGAUAAUAGCGAAGAAACAGAUAGAAAGGAAAAUACUGAAGAGAUAAAUCAAAAAGAGGAAGAGGCGAAACGGGUGAUUGUGGAACUUAUACAAAAUGCAACCUAUACAUCUUUUUUCCCUGAAAAUUUUAACAAUUCGAUGGACUCUGGACCGCCAAUAGCACGGGAGGAAACAAUAUCGGCUGUAAAUAGCAUAGUGAAUGAGGACAAUUCCUGAAACGCAUAUUGUUUGUAUAUCAGUUUACUUAAGUUUUUUAUAUCGGUUGAUAGAAUAAUAAUAUGAUAUGAAAAAUGUAUAAUGAAUGCUCUACUAUCUUGCAUGUUGCAUGCUUGUAUUGCGGUAGACUACUAUUGUAAGAGUUCAAGUUCUGUCUGUAAUUUACUGGUAGCUGCAACAUAAUCAAUUUGUUAAUUAUUACCUUCGGAUUUAUGAUAAACUAUUUAUAUGGAAAAAUAAAAAUUGUAUAUGUACAAAAGUAUCAAUCAACAACUUCAAGACUAAUUGCAAUGCUCCCUGGUUGAUCACAAAUAAACCAUUAAUUCAGACCUUCAUAUACCGUUUGUAAAACAGGAAGCUAAAAGAUCUAGUACAACAUACUUACGUAGGAUCAAUUAUCACGAUUAUCCUUUGGCAAUUACGCUACUUGAUGAAACCAAUGAAAUUAUAAGACUCAAAAUUUAUUAUGUUUUAAUAAUAAGAAAAAUAAACUAUGUAACGCAAUAUAGGUUAAGAUUCUGAAUAUAUCGGUAUGUUAUUGAUCUCA